CCUGCCAGUUUCCGCAAGCCAAGAAGCACCAGACAGACGGGAGGUUCAACACUGUUCACAGAUCCGUGUGACAGUUUGUGGAAGCAACAGCAGAGCUGCAGCCGAGUCCAAGAAAAAAUAAAUUAAGAUCAUCAGGACUUUGUCAACAACACAGCGAGUCUCUGCCAAACACCGAUUGUAGAAAUGUCUGCUGCUGGAGAUCUGCUCUCUGAAGAUCAGUUUCGGUGCCCGAUCUGUCUGGAUGUGUUCGCUGAUCCAGUUGCUCUACCAUGCGGACACAACUUCUGCAAGACCUGCAUCACCAAUUACUGGGACAGGAACGCCAUCUCCCAGUGUCCCAUGUGUAAAGAGAUUUUCUCCACGAGACCCGAGUUGCGUGUCAACAAGCUGAUCUCUCACAUGGUGGCUCAGUUCAAACAGACCGCUCAACAGGAAGCAAAGAAGAGCAACGCCGACCUGCAGCGAGCCGGAUCAGAACACAUCUCCUGUGAUAUCUGCGUCGGAACCAAACUGAAGGCGGAGAAGUCCUGCGUGGUGUGUUUGGCCUCUUACUGUGACAUUCAUCUGGAGCCUCAUCGGAUGGUCAUGGGUCUGAAGAACCAUCAGUUAAUCGAGCCGGUGGAGAACCUGGAGGGCCGAAUGUGUAAGAUACACGAUAAACCUCUGGAGCUGUUCUGCAAGAGCGACCAGAUGUGCGUCUGCAUGCUCUGCAUGGUUUUAGACCACAAGCUGCACGAUGUUGUUCCUCUGAAGACCGAAUACGAAGAGGAAAAGAUAGAACUGGGGAAGACGGAGGCUGAAAUCCAAAGGAUGAUCCAGAAGAGGCGAGUGAAGGUUCAGCAGAUCCAACGCUCGGUGGAGCUCAGUGACGAAGCUGCAGACAAAGAGAAAGCGGAUGGCGUUUGUGUCCUCACCGCUCUGAGAGACAUGGUUCAGAGAAACCUGGCUGAGUUCAUUGAGAGGAUCAAAGAGAAGCAGAGACCAACACAGAAGCAGGCGGAAGGCUUCAUCUUCGAGCUGGAGCAGGAAAUCUCCCAGCUGAUGAGGAGAAGCGCUGAGCUGGAGCAGCUCUCACGCUCCGAGGACCACCUCCACUUCAUCCAGAGCUUCCCCUCCCUGAACGCUGCCCCGGCCGCCAAGGACUGGACAGAUGUCAGCGUCCGUCCUCCGACAUACGAGGGCACGAUGCUGCAAGCUGUAAUUCAGUUGGAGGCGAGGCUCAGUGAGGAGAUGAAAAAGAUAUUUGAGCCGGUGCUGAAGAAGGUUCGGCUGUACGCGGUGGACGUGACAUUCGAUCCGGAUACAGCGAAUCCCUGGCUCGUCUUGUCUGAAGACGGGAAACAAGUCACGUGUGGCGAGGUCUUUAAGAUUCUCCCUAACAACCCGGAAAGAUUCUCUCUUUAUGCAAGUGUCUUAGGAAAGCAGAGUUUCACUUCAGGGAGGUUUUACUACGAGGUUCAGAUCCGGGGGAAGCCCAAGUGGGACCUUGGAGUGGUCCAAGAGUCGAUCAACAGGAAGGGACAGAUGACUAUGAGUCCCCAGAACGGUUACUGGACAAUAUCUCUGAGAAACGAAAACGAAUACAAAGCUCUCGCCGACCCUCGAGUCCCGCUCUCCCUGAGGUCCGAGCCUGAGAAGGUGGGGGUGUUUGUGGAUUACGAGGGGGGUCUGGUCUCCUUCUAUGAUGUUGAUACCACAGCUCUGAUCUACUCGUUCACUGGCUGCUGCUUCACUGAGAAGAUCUACCCAUUCUUCAACCCCUGUAAUGCUGAAAAGGGUAAAAACUCUGCCCCGAUGAUCAUCUGCCCACUCCCGAACAUCAAGUUUGACUUGAUGCCGAUUUAUUUGAGAAGACGCAAAAAUUUAGCAUGAUAAAAAAAUCGCACAAUAAAUCAAGACAGCGUUGAUUCUUUUGAUCACUUUGCUCUGAAUUGUGGCAGAUUUUCACCCAUCUGCCCCGCCCGGAAAGCACUUUGGGUCGACUCCUGUUAUUAAUUAAUUGACUUAUGAAAUCAAACAGAAUAUACUC